AUAAUAGAAUUUUCUAAUUCAGUUUGGAGAAAAUUAAAUGUAGAUGUUGAAAUUGGCGGCUACGCAUAAAAUGUUGACAUUUCUAAUACACUUCAAAUCUCCACCCAACAGAUUCUCGUGCCAACUUGAGAGCCCUAAUUCAUCGAUUCCAUUCUACAGUAAGAUUCGACCAGCUUUCCUGAAUCUCCAAUCUCACCGGAGAACAGAAAUUAAACAUUUCAUGGCCUCCGUCCGGAGGAGGCUCCUCCCGCUCGGUUCUUCUCUUCUGAGAACGCACGCUGCGCAUUUUCAGCCUGUGGAAGGGGUAGGAGGAAACACUCACCGUAAAUUUAGCUCAGUUGUCACGGCAGAACAACGAGUGCUGAAAUCGGAAGCAGAGGAAGGAAACCAGAUUUUGGAGGAUGACAUUCACAAGAUUCGGCAUGCAUUUAAUACUGUGAAAGAAAAGUUUCUCAAAAUCCCGGACGUAUUGCGAGAAAUUCCUAAAAUAGAUCCUAAAGGCAUAUAUAUCAAUAAGAACUUGAGGUUGGAUAAUAUACAAGUGUACGGGUUUGACUAUGACUAUACGUUGGCACACUACUCUGCAAAUUUACAGAGCUUAAUAUAUGAUCUUGCCAAAGAGUAUUUGGUUAACGAGAUUAGAUAUCCUGAGUGUUGCAUGGAAUUCAAAUAUGAUAGUUCGUUUCCGAUAAGAGGGUUGUAUUAUGACAAGUCAAAAGGAUGCCUAAUGAAGCUUGAUUUCUUUGGAUCAAUUGAGCCGGAUGGAUGCUAUUUUGGCAGGCGCAAGCUUAGCCGAUCAGAAAUCAACGACUUAUAUGGAACACGACAUAUUGGCCGUGAUCAAGCUCGAGGGCUAGUCGGUUUGAUGGACUUCUUUUGCUUCAGUGAGGCAUGCCUUAUUGCUGAUAUUGUUCAACAUUUUGUUGAUGCCAAGCUGGAAUUUGAUGCUUCUUAUGUUUAUGAAGAUGUGAAUCGAGCAAUUCAGCAUGUACAUCAAAGUGGUUUAGUACAUCGAGGAAUUCUUUCUGAUCCAAAGAAGUAUCUCUUAAAGAAUGGGCAGCUACUUCGCUUUCUGAGAAUGCUAAGGGAGAACGGAAAGAAACUUUUUCUGUUGACGAAUUCUCCUUAUUAUUUUGUCGAUGGAGGAAUGCACUUCAUGCUGGAGGAUUCAUUGGGACAACAAGACUCCUGGAGGGAACUUUUUGACGUUGUAAUUGCUAAAGCCAACAAACCAGACUUCUAUACAUCCGAGCAUCCAUUUCGCUGUUAUGAUGAGGAAAAGGACACUUUGGCUUUCUCUAAGGUGGAUGCUUUUCUCCCAAACAAUAUUUACUACCAUGGAUGCCUGAAGACAUUCUUGGAAAUAACUAAGUGGAAUGGUCCUGAGGUUAUAUACUUCGGCGACCACUUAUUUAGUGAUCUUAGAGGGCCUUCAAAAGCUGGGUGGCGGACAGCUGCGAUCAUUCAUGAGUUGGAGAAUGAAAUACAGAUCCAGAAUGAAGAUAGUUAUCGUUUUGAACAGGCAAAGUUUCAUAUAAUACAAGAACUUCUUGGCAAACUGCAUUCUGUUGUUGCUAAUACUGAGGGAAGUGAAAAAUACACGUCUCUUCUUCGAGAGCUCAACGAAGAGAGACAGAAGGCACGUUCCACAAUGAAAGACAUGUUUAAUAGUUCAUUCGGAGCUACAUUCUUGACCGACACUGGUCAAGAAUCUGCAUUUGCUUACCACAUCCAUCAAUAUGCCGAUGUUUAUACAAGCAAGCCCGAUAACUUCUUGUUUUACCCACCCGAAGCAUGGCUGCACGUACCUUACGAUAUAAAAAUCAUGCCGCACCACGUGAAGGUAUCUUCAAGCUUGUUCAGAACGUGACCGUAAUAUACUUUACAUUCGAGUGGGAACACAGAAGAAAAUAUCUCACUGUCCAAAACUAACUUGGGACUGCAAUUAUUGGAAUGUAGACAGUCGGCUCAUUUACGAAGGCUCGAUUUCUAUCAGAAAACAAAAAACAGGUCAAAAUGAUCUUCUAAUUCCAACAAAAUAGUAAGAGUUUCCUUAAGACUUGUAAUUCUUUCAUUCUUUCGACGACGUAAUCAUAAUCCCCUGUCGUGAAAUAUGAUGUCAAAUAAAUCGAAGAUGGAAAAACAUGUUCUGCAGCUUCUUUUCUAGUAUCACAAAAACUUCACA